AUGGCCGGACCGCAAUCCACCCAGAAGCAGGAGGAAGAGCCGCAUACCUACAAGGAGAAGCUUGACCAGGUUGCUGAAGAAAAGCGCAAGGCACAGCAACCGCAACAAUCCAAUCCGAUUGUCGAGAAGAGCAAGCCAUCCCUGUCCUUCCCUGCAAAGACGUACGCAUCGUCAAAGAUCCUUGGCAACUCGAAGCAAGAACCGGCGACCACAAAGUCAGAGGACAUCCCUGGUCCACCAGAGAGGCCUCAUCAUGACCACAAGAUCGAAGACUUUGUGAGGGAUCAACAUAGGAGCAAUACCGACAGUUCGAAAGUCAAGGCAGACGCGAAUGCCUAA